CGCGCUGGAGUAAUUGCACUGAAUGAGGACCACGUCUCGAUGCAGCUGGAUUUUGGAUCCACAGAGCUUUUCUCGUCUUCUGCGUUAAGUGUGCGUGUGAGCGUUCCUCUUGAUUAGAGACUGUGAAUAAACGGCGUCGGAAUGGAGCAUUUCGACUCGUACGAUUUCCACUAUGGUGAGCUGUUGCCCAAUCUCACGGAGGGCGAGUGCGCCUACAUGCCCUUCGUGAACGUAACCGAGGAGAACAUUGGAGACUUUGUAUACACCACGACACAGAAGGUAAUCCUGCUGGCCAUUCUACCUGUCUUCAUGGUAGUUGGCCUGUUGGACAAUCUAGCCUUCGUCUAUGUGGUCCUAAAGAUCCCGGACAUGAAAACGGUGACCAACGCCUACCUGCUGAACCUGGCCAUAGCUGACGUGUUGUACCUGACAUUCUCUGUUGGGGAGAAGCUUGUCAAGUAUGGCCUGUCUUCGGUCUCUGAUAACGACGGCGUGUUGGGUCUGGGUGGCUGCAUCGUGGUCUAUAUCAUCACCGAUUUGGCUUACUUUGCCGGACUGUUCUUCGUGACGCUCGUAUCUAUCGACCGCUUCAUGGCCGUCCACAGCCCCAUGGCAAGCGGUAGGAAAGGCGGAAGCGACAUCACCCAGAUGACAAUCCUCGGAACCUGGAUAUUAGCGGCUGUCCUGUCAGCACUGAUGUCCCCAGCCUAUGGUGCCUUGGAGGAGUAUUGCAUCCUGUGGCCCGACGUGGCACCGUACAACAACUGGGCGCACGUGGCAGCCGAGUGUGUGGCAAUCAGUCCCUGGUUGACACCCUUCACCCAGGGACUCCAGACCCUCCCUUUCUUCAUCUCCUUCAUCACCAACGUCAUCCUCUACAUCUGCAUCAUCAAGGGUCUGGAUCAGUCCAUCGAGAGACUUCGCAAACACGGCCUGAUGAAGGAGAAGGACAUCAACGUGCGCAACCAGAUCGCUCGCAUGCUGGUCGUCAACGGCAUGGUGUUCUUCUUCUGCCUGGCGCCUUUUGAGCUCAUGUCUCUCCUCUCGAUGGUAGAUACUCUGUCUGGAGGCCACAAGAUCGUCAUUCCUCUUGAGACCCGCUUCACCUUGGACCACAUCGGAAGGGUGCUGGCUUACUUCAACUCGGCCAUUAACCCGCUGAUCUACACGGCCAUGAGCAGCCGCUACCGACAGGCUUUCAAGCAAGCUUUUUUCCCCAAGAAUCGGCGCGGAUUUUUUCGCGGGGUACGAACGUCGUUUAAUCACACUUUAUCGCAUACGACGGAGACGCACGUGGACGAGACUCAAACUGAGUCAAGAUUCUGAGGCUCGAGGGAACGCGUAGACGCGUCCUCCAGUCGUUAGAACCGGCACAUAACACUGAAGCAAGAUUGGCGCACAUCGUGAUUGUGAGCACCUACUGUGGCCUAAAGUUGCGAGGUUGUCUUUGUGGAAUAUUGUAUAAAGGUACCCAAUGAAGGAGUUUAACAAUCAUCAGAUGACAAAUUAUAUGUAUAAUUUGAUAUGUUAAAAGAUAAAAGGUAAACUGUACAAAAAAAAUGGUAUUUCAUUAUAAGAAAAGUGUUAUUUAUCAGUGGUGGCCUCUGAAUUCCUAAUAAUUUAUCAUGCUUAAAGAUCAAUCGUAGGGUUAAUUUUUAACCUCUUGGAUUUUUAACUUAUAAAAAAUACGAGUCGAAUAUGAGUGUUGACAUGAAAAACAUCAACUUGCCGAUCCCGGCUAAAUUCUCUUACCUGAGCAAAAAAAAAGACCUCGCACUUUUAAGCUAACAACAUUCAUUACGCUGUAUUUUCAUCAAGGUCCAGAUGAUAAAAAGCUACGCGAGGUUAAAUUAAAGGUAUAAAUUAAAUUACUUGACAUUCGUCCCCUCUUUCCUCAGAAUUCCAUGCAGAACCAUACGAGGGAGUUUUCGCGUUAAAGUACGACAUAAUGAACACGAACAUGCUCAUUUGGGAUGGAUGACUGAUAAUGAAUAUGCCACCUGUUGAGUUAAAAGGUAAUAAUUAGUAACAUAUAAGUGGACUUGAAAGAAACCGAGUCCAAAGUUUAUCAGAAAGUGCUGACGUUAUGCUUAUAGUUAAAGCUAAAGUCCAUCAUUUGCAGCUAUCCGUAAAGUAACUGGCGUAAUUAUUGUUG